GUAAAUUCUGAUUUUACUAAGCAAUUUGAAAUCAAUCAAAGCAUGUCCAGUAAGUAUAUUAAUAGUCCUAUAAACCGGUUUCGGUUAUGACGAUCUAUGAAGCAGGUCCAAGGGUACGCUCGGAAAAUCAGUCGGAUAAGUUCCGUGUUCUUCCCCCCUCGGUGGCUAUAGACGAGAGAACUCGGCACAAUUCGAUGACAUAUCCUAUGGCCGAGUAUGAUGUCUAUCAAACACUAGAUGAUGGGGAAGAUCUAAGGAUUAGCGUCAUGAAGGGCGAAUGGAACGAACUUCCUGACAGGGCAAGGAGAUUUAUAGGAAAAUACGUGAAAUUAUUAAACCCGUUAGCUGUUUAUCUCUGCGAUGGAAGUGAGGACGAAGCUACUGAAGUUGCUGACAAAUUGGUUGAAAGAGGCUUAUUAUUUCCUCUUACAAAUCCUAAAUUCGAAAAUUGCUAUUUGUGCAGAACGGAUCCGGCCGAUGUUGCUAGAGUUGAGGGAAAAACAUUUUUAGUCACUAAUGACAGAUAUGACAGUGUUCCCCAUACUGCUGAGGAUGUCGUAGGAGAGUUAGGUAGAUGGAUGAGUACAGAAACUGCCACAAAGGAAAUGCUACGGGAUCGUAUGCCAAACAGCAUGAAGGGUCGCGUUAUGUAUGUUAUUCCAUUCAGUAUGGGACCAAUUGGUGGUCCUAUGUCAAAGUUUGGUAUACAAUUGACAGAUUAUAACUACGUAGUGCUUAGUAUGAGAAUAAUGACCAGAGUUGACCCUUGUAUAUGGAAGAAAAUCUCAAAAGAUUCAGAUUUUGUUCAAUGUAUUCACACAAUUGGAGUUCCACGGCCUUUGCCAAAAAAACCAAUUAGUCAUUGGCCUUGUAACCCAGAACGAGUUUUGGUUCUUCAUGAACCUAAACAUAAGAGAGUAUUAUCUUACGGAAGUGGAUAUGGAGGAAAUUCUCUAUUAGGAAAAAAAUGCUUUGCACUUAGAAUUGCUUCUACUCUGGCUAGAGAUGAAGGUUGGCUUGCUGAACAUAUGUUAAUUAUGUCCAUUACCAAUCCAGCUGGAAAGGAGUAUUUCAUCUGUGCUGCUUUUCCGUCUGCUUGCGGAAAAACCAAUCUAGCUAUGUUAUGUCCUAACUUACCAGGAUGGAAGGCGAGAUGCGUUGGUGAUGAUAUAGCUUGGCUAAAGUUUAAUGAAAAAACAGGAAAAUUACACGCUAUUAAUCCAGAGGCUGGCUUCUUUGGGGUCGCUCCGGGAACUAGUUCAAAAACAAAUCCUCACGCACUUGAUGCUUGUAUGAAAAACACUAUUUUCACAAAUGUUGGAUUGACUGAAGAUGGUGGUAUAUUUUGGGAAGGACUUGAAGAUGAAAUACCAGCGGGCACAAAGGUAACUAAUUGGAUGGGAGAGCACUGCCAAGUUGGGGAUGGAUCAAGAAUUGCCCAUCCUAAUUCUAGAUUCUGUGCACCUGCCGAGAAUUGUAAGAUCAUUCACGACAAGUGGCAAGAUCCCGAAGGUGUACCCAUUGAUGCUAUUAUCUUCGGUGGACGUAGACCUCGAGGUGUACCUCUUGUAUUUGAAGCUCGUGACUGGGAUCAUGGUGUUUUUGUUGGUGCAUCUUUGAAAUCUGAAGCUACAGCUGCUGCCGAACAUACUGGUAAAAAAAUUAUGCACGAUCCAAUGGCAAUGAGACCAUUCUUCGGCUACAACUUUGGACAAUAUCUUCGUCAUUGGUUAGAUAUGAAUAAAAAGCAUCCUAUGCCCAGAAUUUUUCAUGUUAAUUGGUUCAGAAAAGAUAUUAAUACAGGAAAAUUUUUGUGGCCCGGAUUCGGUGAUAAUAUUCGUGUUCUGGAUUGGAUUUGUCGUCGUUUAGAAGGGGAAGAUAUUGCGGAAAGUAGUCCAAUCGGUUUAAUACCUAAACCAAAUUCAAUAGAUACCUCUGGUUUAGGAGAUAUUGAUAUGGAGCAGUUAAUGAGUAUACCAAAAGAUUAUUGGAAAGAAGAUAUGGAAGAAACUCGAAUGUAUUUAGAAAAUCAGGUAGGAAUUGAUUUACCAAGAGAGAUUCGCAAACAACUAGACCAGCAAGAAGAUAGGAUUGAAAAUAUUUAG